AUGUCAUCCGCCAAAACACUGAUCCUCACCGGAGCCUCCCGCGGCAUCGGCCACGCCAUCGCGAAAAACCUCCUCUCCAAAUCCCACAACCUCGUCCUCAUAGCCCGAACCGAAGCACCCCUCCGCGAACUAGAAAAGCAGUACCCCAAACAAGUUGCAGUCCUAACAGGCGACCUCUCAGACUUCACCCUAGGAAAACAAGCUGUGAACCUCGCAACCGAGAAAUUCGGAGCACUAGACGGACUGAUAGUGAAUCAUGGUAUCCUAGACCCUGUAAAACGGGUAGGAGAUCCUAGUUCGAACGUGGAAGAAUGGAGGAAAGCAUACGACUCAAAUUUCUUCUCCGCCGUAGCGCUUACACAGGCCGCAUUGCCCGAGUUGAGAAAGAAUAAAGGGUGUAUAAUUUUCACUUCCUCCGGGGCAGCGAGUAAUGCAUACGAGACAUGGGGUGCUUAUGGGAGCGCAAAAGCGGCACUGAAUCACCUGGCUAUGACACUUGGGAACGAGGAGAAGGAUGUGUGUACAUUGUCUAUCAGGCCCGGUGUGGUGGAUACGGAGAUGCAGAGGGACAUACGAGAGAAGCAUCAUGAGUUGAUGACGGAGAAGGAUAGGCAGAAGUUUGCGGAGUUGAAGAGGAGUGGAGGGUUGUUGAGGCCGGAGCAGCCGGGGGAUGUUAUGGCGGAGGUUGUGGUGAGUCCGCCGCGAGAGUUGAGUGGGAGAUUUCUGAGUUGGGAUGCGGAGGAGUUGAAGGAGUUUCGGUCGUAG